GGUAAUAUUGUCGUUGAUUUACCCGAUCAUAAAGACAACACACAUUACAAGCGAGCCCUGGAUAUCGGGGACGCCCUGUCGACCGUCCAAUACGAAGCGCAUGGCGUUCAAUACAAACGCGAAUACUUCGUGAAUCACGUCUCGCAGGUAUUGGUCGGGCAUUUGAGCGCCGAUAAGGGAAAGUCAUACACCGGUCGCAUAGAACUGCAGGACUCGCAUAAAGUGGCCGUACAUGCGGAGGGAAAUACCAUCUCAGCGGACGGUAAACUAGCGAAUGGGUUGCGGUUUGCGUGGAAAGUAUUGGUUCAAAACACUGGCGGAAGUCUCAAAGUCAACGGCGCUGUCAUUGAGUUCAACGGUUGCGACUCAUUGACUCUGAUUGUCGGCGCCGGUACUGACUAUGUGUUCGACGACUUGAAGAAGUAUAAGUCCGGCGAAGACCCAGCUGUUCACGUCAAUGAUUUUGUCUCAAAAGCGGCCGCAAAGUCGUACGAAAACCUAAAGACUGAACACUUGUCGGACUUCCACGGGUUGUUCAAUAGAGUUGACGUGGAUUUUGGUCAGUCGUCGGCACAACAAACGGCGUUACCGACCAUUAAGCGCAAGAACGCUGCCGCAAAUAAGUUCGAUCCGGACUUCGAGGAAAUGUUUUAUCAGUUCGGAAGGUAUCUCAUGAUAUCGGCGUCGCGGGGGAGUCUCCCCACCAACUUACAGGGUCUAUGGAACGACAACAAUAGCCCGCCCUGGCAUGCUGACUAUCACGCAAACAUUAAUGUACAAAUGAACUACUGGCCUACGGAAACAUCUAACCUUGCUGAAUGCCAUUUGCCACUAUUCAAUCUGAUUCGGAGUCAAUUGAAUCCUUGGCGCAGACAAACGCGGACAUCCGAUAAAUUACUGACACCGGACGGCAAACACUCGUCAAAAGGGGUGGCAGGUGUCGGGCAACAUAAUAUCUACGGAGGACAGGGUCUAUUCAAUAUGGAUGGGAACAAUGAUUAUGAUAAGACGGUCACCGCUUGGUAUGGACAGCACUUUUGGGAACAUUACGCUUUCGGAUUGGAUAAGACAUACCUAAAGGACGUGGCCUAUCCCUACCUGAAAGAGGUAUGCGAGUUCUGGGACGAACACCUCAAGACUGUGACGAAAGGCACUAAAGAACAGUUGGGAAAACUGGUUGUCCCUCACGGGUGGUCACCAGAACACGGACCCGAGGAGGACGGCUGUAGCUAUAGUCAAGAGAUUGUAUGGGAUUUGUAC